GGCGUCCUCAGAACCGGAAAUAAAAUGCACGAAAAGAAUAGGCCAAUCGGAAAGCUAACCCUGCGGGGGUGGGGCUGCCCUGGAAACCAAUCAGACACCAAAGCUAGAAAGCGGUGGACCCUGGCCCCUAUAGCUACCGCUGUCAUCGCUGCUACCGCUGCUGCCACUAUCGCUGCUGACUCUGCCCAGCUGAAAUGAAAUGGGGAGGACUGAGGGAGGCCCCGGCGGCGCGGAGGGGAGGCGUCAGAUAUUUCUCCCCAAAUCCUCCUCUGACACAGAGGCAGGAGAGGAGCUGUCUGGGCAUGAACUGGUUUUGCCCAGGGCUGGCAAACUUGAUGAGUUCCUCAGCCCAGAGGAGGAGAUAGAUUCUACUUCUGACUCAACUGGGAGCUUUUACCAGACCUUACAGGUACUAAAGCAGAAAGGCAGACCAUAUCUGUUGGAGUCUCUCUUUCAGUCUGACCCAGAUAGUGAUGAAAACCUCUCUGAAGAUGAGGAGGACCUGGAGAGUUUCUUCCAAGACGAGGACAGAGGGAAGGUGCAGGCCCAGUGCCCCCAGGCUCUGAGGAGUGGCUCCACAAGGCGCUGCAGCUCCCUGAGCAGCCUUCCCUCCAACAUUCCCAGGGCUCAGACUCAGCCCUGCUCAGGCUUGAGGAUUCCCUCCCAGCACAGAAGUGUCAGCUCUUGGGCAUCAUCCAUCACUGUCCCUCGGCCAUUCCACAUGAUGCUGCGCGAGGCCCGGAAGAAGUCCGAGUGGCUGGCCUCGCCUGCCUCCUUUGAGCAGGAGAGGCAGCGGGCCCAAAGGCAGGGCGAGGAAGAGGCCGAAUGCCAUAGGCAGUUCCGGGCACAACCUGUGCCUGCACAUGUCUACCUGCCCCUCUACCAAGAGAUCAUGGAGAGCAGCGAGGCCCAAAGGCGGGCAAGGAUCCAGAAGAGGAAAGAACUGCUCCUCUCUUCUGUGAAGCCCUUCAGCUUCCUGGAGAAGGAGGAUCAGCUAAAGGAAGCUGCUCGACAGAGAGACUUGGCUGCCACAGCUGAAGCCAAGAUCUCCAAGCAGAAGCCCACCAGAAGGAUCCCCAAGUCCAUUUUGGAGCCAGCCCUUGGGGAUAAACUCCAGGAAGCCGAGCUAUUCAGGAAAAUUCGUAUCCAGAUGAGAGCCCUGGACAUGCUCCAGAUGGCCUCUUCCCCUAUCGCCUCCUCUAGUAACAGGGCUAACCCACAGCCCCGCACAGCCACCCGGACCCAGCAGGAAAAGCUUGGGUUUCUGCACACUAACUUUGGAUUCCAGCCUCGGGUGAAUCCUGUGGUCCCUGACUAUGAAGCCCUUUACAAGGCCUUCCAGAGAAGAGCAGCCAAAAGAAGAGAAACCCAAGAGGCCACUCACAACAAGCCCUUCCUGCUGAGGACUGCCAACCUGCGCCACCCUCAGCAUCCCUGUGAUGCCACCACCAGCAGAGAGAGGACAGUGAGAGCCCAGGCAGCUGUGGAUUCCCCACAGCCACCAGCUACACCCCUGCCAAGGAGUCGUUCUCUGAGUGGCCUUGCCUCCCUCUCUGCCAACACUCUCCCUGUGCACAUCACAGAUGCCACCAGGAAGAGGGAAUCUGCAGUCAGAAGUGCACUUGAAAAAAAGAACAAAGCAGAUGAGAGUAUUCAGUGGUUGGAGAUACACAAAAAGAAGUCUCAAGCGAUGUCCAAAUCUGUGACCUUGCGUGCAAAGGCCAUGGAUCCCCAUAAAAGCCUGGAGGAAGUGUUCAAAGCAAAGCUGAAAGAGAACCGGAACAAUGACCGUAAAAGAGUGAAAGAAUAUAAGAAAGAAUUGGGAGAAAUGAAGAAGAGAAUACAAACAAGGCCCUAUCUCUUUGAACAAGUUGCCAAGGAUCUAGCCAAGAAAGAAGCAGAACAAUGGUAUCUAGACGCCCUGAAGCAGGCUGGGCUGGAGGAAGACUUUGUGAGAAGCAAGGGACAAGGUAUCCAGGCUGUACAAGAGGAGGAGACCCAAGUCAAGGACCUUUCCAGGUGCCAGGAGAGGACUUCUUGGCAUAUGCUGAUGGUCGUCUGCACUAACUCUUCCAUAUCUGCUCCAGCAGAGAACACAGAGCUGCUCCCAGGGACUGAAGAAUGUGGCCGUUGCUCCUUAUCAUUCUCUGAGACUCCUGAGGCCACUUUACACUGUGGUGGCUCCUCCUCAUCUGAGGAUUGGUACAAGAAGUCUUCCACGAGGGUAUAUUCACUUUUCUGGAUUCCCAAGGCCUCCUUCACAUGACAUGGGGCCUCCCUGGGAAGUUCCUUCAGUGGAUCCUCUGUGGGAACACUUGCUGGAAUUGCUGAGUCCCUGUUGAAAACCUCCAGGACUUGUUCUGGGGACAUCUCUCCAGGAAGCUGUCCUUGCACGUGGAGUAAGCAAUCGCUUUCCUGGACUCCCCAGGCCUCCUUCACAUGACAUGGGACCUCCUUGGGAAGUUCCUUCAGUGGAUCCUCUGUGGGAACACUUGCUGGAAUCGCUGAGUCCCUGCUGAAAACCUCCAGGACUUGUUCUGAGGACAUACUUAGCCGGGUGUGGUGGCGGGCGCCUGUAGUCUCAGCUACUCAGGAGGCUGAGGCAGGAGAAUCACUUGAACCCAGGAGGCAGAGGUUGCAGUGAGCCCAGAUUGUGCCAUUGCACUCCAGCCUGGUGACAGAGCUAGACUCCAUCUCAAAAAAAAAAAAAAUUCUUACCUUAUUCUGCUUUUUGUAAGACACAAUCUGUCAUUGUGUCAUUGUAGCUUACAUUUUAUUCCUUAAGUAACUGUUCAAUUGGUUUAUUAGCGUUUUUGGAUUUUUGUCCACUUCUUCUGGAAUUUUUGUAAUUUUGAUAGAUGUUUUAUACUUUGUUUCUUUUCUUAAUGACUUUUACUUUAGUUUUUAAUAAAUACAUGGUACAGUUUAAAAAAAGAGUUUAAUGAUAUGGAAUUUAAAGAAAUUUAAACAAAAUUGAAAGAAAAAUGAAACCUUAAAGAAACCACAUAUUUCAUUUGCUGCUGUGUGGCAGGGAAGUAAGAAUAGUGUGUUUUUAAUGGAGGCCAAGAUCCAGAUGUUUGCAAAGGUACUUUAUGAGAAAUGCUAUAGAAUUUGUAAUUCCUGUUUUGGCCUUGAUUUGGGAAGCAUUCUAAGAUGUAGUUAAAGCUAGCUGGGAAUCUCUUAUACUGGUUCUUGAGUUCAAGAAUAUGAACUCAAUGUAAAUAUGGAGGCCCAUUUAGGAUGACCUUUAGUAAGUAUGAGAGCCCAAAAGCCCUGGGCGGGGUGGGGGGGGGUCCCAGUUGGGCCUGUGCAAAGAGUCUUCCAUCUAAUUCUCAGAUGUGACACAAUGAGGGAAAAUAGAGAUUAUCCAUCUAAACCAGAGAGAGAGGUGACUUGUAGUUUUUGAUAUUUUUCCCAUGGUAAUUUCGUUUAAAAAAAACAACAAUCAGGGUUUGGCUCUGUCACCCAGACCGGAGUAUAGUGGCAUGAUCAUGGCUCACUGUAGUCUCAACCUCCUGGGCCCAAGUGAUCCUCUAACCUCAGCCUCCCAAGUAGCUAGGACCAGCUAAUUUUAUUUUAUUUUUGUUUGUGGAGAUAGGAUUUCCCUGUGUUGUCCAGGCUGGUCUCAAACUCUGAAGCUCAACUGAUGCUCCCACCUCAAACUGAUCCUCUCACCUCAGCCUCCCAAAGUGCUAGGAUCACAAGCGUGAGCCACUGUACCCAGCCUCUCAUAAUUUCUGAUAACAGAUUUGGUUGUUCUCUGAUAUGCUUGAUAUGUUCUCUGAUAUGCUUGAUAUUUUUAUUUUUAGAGCAUAUUUAUAGGAAUUACAAGUUCAUCAGUAUCAGUAGACUUUGAUCUAUACUGCUUGAUGAUCUCCAAAAAGUUGAAAUGGGCAUGUAUUGCAAAUAGCCUUCACCUUCUCUGGCACCUGAAAGUUCUUAAGGAAUCAACAUUCCUCACUCACUGGAGAAAUGGCAAGUUAAUACUUAGACCUUGGAUGAGGAAGAGGACUAAGCCUGGAACCUUGAAGGGCUCAUAGCUUGAAAAAACUGAAGGUAUUGGAGGAUCCAAACUAGCAAAGAAAGAAAAGGAGGGAAUAAGCAGUGGAAAUGCCUGUGAUAAGAGGAGAAGAAUAAUGGUAAAAGUGGAGAAAACACAAAAGAAGUGAGGCUCAGACAGAGAGUGUGUUUGUAAAUGCAAAAAAAAAAAUGAGGAAAAAGUGACAGUGCAGGAUUUUCAGCUACAUCAUGGGCAGCACUUUCCCCAUUGUGUUAUUAAUAUUUUCCUGACCAGGCGUGGUGGCUCACGCCUGCAAUCCCAACACUUUGGGAGGCCGAGGCAGGUGAGGUCAGGAGUUCAAGACCAGCCUGACCAACAUGGUGAAACCCCGUCUUUACUAAAAAUAGGAAAAUUAGCUGGGCAUGGUGUUGGGUGCCUGUAAUCCCAGCUACUCGGGAGGCUGAGGCAGGAGAAUUGCUUGAACCUGGGCAGCGGAGGUUGCAGUGAGCCAAGAUCAAGCCACUGCACUCCAGCCUGGGCAACAGAGUGAGACCGUGUCUUAUAUAUAGGCCCUUUGCACUCUCCUGGAGUGAAGGCCGUACUUCCUUUUUUUGUUUGAUUUUUGGGACGAGAUGUCUCUCAGGCUGGAGUGCAAUGGCACGAUCAUAGUUUACUGUAGCCUUGAACUCCUGGGCUCAAGUCGAUCCUCCUGCCUCAGCCUCUGGAGUAGCUGAGACUACAAGUACAUACCACCAUGCCUGGCUAAUUUUUUAAAAACCUUUUAUAGAGACAGGAUCUUGUUGUGUUGCCCAGGCCUGUCUCGAACUCCUGGCCUCAAGUGAUCCUCCCACUUUAGCCUCCAAAAGUGCUGGGAUUAUAGGCAUGAUCCACCACACCCAGCCUGUGUUGUGCUGUCUCCUUGAGGCUGUAAGUGGGCAGCACCUAUCAUAUGUGGAUGCUCUGAGGUCAGUUCCAAGACUCAUGUGCCUAGGUCCUAGAGAACAAAUGUACUAUUACUGGAUAUUCUGUAUACACAAAUCUGAUCAUGUCAUACCCUAGUUAAAGCUGUGCAGUGGUUCUUCAGUGCCCCCAGGAUAAAAUCAUGUCUGUAAGACCUUUCAAGAGAGGAACUAGCUUAUCUUUCCAGCUCUCAAUUUUCCAGCCCAUCUCUCCAUCCCAUGUCCUAUCACACUCAACCCUUUAUGAUUCCACAGAGGUGCUCUUUUCCCUCUCACCUUCUACCUUCGUACACACUGCUGUCCUUCUGCCUGUUACAUUCUUCCAACUCCUACUUCUCCGUCAAGAUGAUUUCUAUUCAUCCCUCCCGUCUCAAACUCUAAAACAUAUUCUCUGACUUCUCCCAAGACUGGCACUUACUACACUUAAAAACUGCCAGUUUAUGCUGGAUGCGGUGGCUCAUGCCUGUAAUCCUUGCACCUUGGUAGGCCAAGGUGGGUGGAUCACCUGAGGCCAGGAGUUUGAAACCAGUCUGGCCAACGUGGUAAAACCCCAUCUCUAUUAAAAAUACAAAGAAAUUAGCCAGACACAGCGACCUGCAGCUGUAAUCCCAGCUACUUAGGAGGCUGAAGCAGGAGAAUUGCUUGAACCUGGAAGGCAGAGGUUGCAGUGAGCCAAGAAUGUACCACUGCCCUCCAGCCUGGGAGACAGAGCAAAACUCGUCUCAAAAAAAAAAAAAAAAAAAUUGCCAGUUUAGGCUGGGUGCAGUGGCUCACGCUUGUAAUCCCAGCACUUUGGGAGGCCAAGGUAGGUGGAUCACUUGAGGUCAGGGGUUUGAGACCAGCCUAGCCAACAUGAUAAAACUCCAUCUCUAUGAAAAAGACAAAAAAGUAGCCAGGUGUGGUGGCAGACACCUGUAAUCCCAGCUAUGCGGGAGACUGAGGCAUGAGAAUUGUUUGAACCCAGGAGGAGGCUGCAGUGAGCCAAGAUCAUUCCACUGCAGUCUAGCCUGGGAGACAGAGUGAGACUCCAUCUCAAAAAAAAAAAAAAAUUGCCAGUUGAUUGAUCUGUCACUCCUCCUAUCCUAACCUCUCUGUACAGCACAACUCCAGGGGUACCAUAAAUAUAGCUAUGAAGGUUCUGCCUAUAAGUUAUUUGAGGCAGAGAUUGUACUUUGUUUACUAUCAUAUAACUAGUAACCUGCAGAGUGCCUCACACAUGCUAGAUAUGUGAUAACUAUCUGAAUGAAUUAAAUUUUUGUACAUGUGGCAUUUA